AUGCCACCUCAAAUCAAGCAGGAUAUGAACCGGUCGGGCUGGGAGACGACUGACAUGCCCUCAGUGUGCGAAAGAUGCCUCCCGGACAACCCCUACGUCCAGAUGCUCAAAGAAGACUACGGCGAAGCCUGCAAACUAUGUACUCGACCCUUCACAGUCUUUCGCUGGAAGGCGGACCGCACAGCACGCCAGAAGCGGACCGGAAUAUGCUUAACUUGCGCACGCUUAAAGAACUGCUGCCAGUGUUGCAUGCUGGACUUAAGCUUCGGGCUUCCGAUCACUAUUCGAGACGCUGCGCUGAAGAUGGUGGCACCAGGACCUCAGAGCGACGUCAAUCGGGAGUUUUUUGCUCAGAACAACGAGCGCGAGAUCGAGGAGGGCAGAGGGCUGGAAGGGUAUGAGAAGACUGACGAGAAGGCGAGGGAUCUGUUACGGAGACUUGCGGCGAACGAACCCUACUACAAGAAGCAAAGGCGACUGGAAGCUGAAAGUGAAGAAGGACAGAAGCUGUUAGAGAGCGGCGAAGCAGCACCGCACGAACCAGGACCCAUCCGAACCAAGGACGUAAAGGAGAAAUCAGCAUAUGGAUCCGCGUAUGGUGCGCGACCUGGUGCUAGUAGUAGAGCUACUGGCAAGUCUGCGCCCUCACGGAAACCAGCCAACCAGCCCAUCAGGCCUGAAGAUAUCGCACCGCCGGCCGACAGAAACAUCACUUCCCUCUUCGUCACAGGCGUGGAAGACGAUCUACCGGAGCAUGAGCUGCGGAGCCACUUCUCGCAGUUUGGCCAGCUACGCUCAGUCGUCUGCAGCCACCGUUCGCAUUGCGCAUUCAUGAACUACGUUAACCGCGAAGGCGCCGAGAAAGCCGCAGCGGCAUGCCAGGGACGAGCAGUGAUCAAGGGCGUACCGUUGCGGGUGCAGUGGGGAAAGCCGAAGCCGCUUGAUAGCCUUGACCGCGACCAGAGGCUGGAGAACGCGAAGGCGGGCAGGACAGUUGGUGAGGGUGGCGCUGGGGGGAAGCGGAAGGCCAUCGAGAGCGCUGGGGCGGGCACGGUUGGAGAGGACGACCUGGAGCGUCUCGUGGCUGCUCCACCGCCUGGUCAAGGGGAAGUGCAGUAUGCUUCCAUGGCUGGGGAGUGA